AUGACUAAUAUUGAUGAUGCCCUACUUUCAUUUAAUACCAUGCUUCACAUCAACCCCUUACCUUCCAUAGUUGAGUUUAAUAAAUUGUUAUCUGCACUUGUCAGAAUGAAACAUUUUCAGGCCGUGCUUUCUCUUUGUAAGCGAUUGGAAUUGGCAGGACUUCCGUUUAAUGCUUACACUAUUAACAUAGUGAUGAAUUGCUUCAGUCACUUGCAUCGUGUCGAUUUUGGAUUCGCCAUGCUAGGAAAAAUCUUCAAAGGCGGAUUUCGGCUUGACGUGAUUAUGUUUAAUCCCUUACUCAAUGGCCUUUGUUUACAAGGUAAAAUUGCUCAAGCUGUCGAAUUGUUUGAUGAUAUAGAAGCCAAGGGUUAUCAACUUGAUGUUUAUGCUUAUACUUCUAUUGCUAAUGCCUUAUGUAAAAUUGGAAAAUCCAGUGCUGCAAUUAGUUUACUUCAAAGAAUGAGAGAAAAAAGUUGUCAGCCAAAUGUUGUGACCUAUAAUACAAUUAUCGACGGGCUUUGCAGGGAGGGUUUCGUUACCACGGCUAAAAACCUUGUAUUAGAGAUGAAGAGAGAAAAUAUAUUGGCUGAUGUUGUAACUUAUAGCUCUUUAAUUCGUUGUCUUUUCAAUUUAGGCCAAUGCAAGGAAGCUUUAGCUUUACAUAAUGAAAUGUUUGAUUGGAAAAUCAAGCCAGAUGUAGUCAUUUUCAAUGUAUUGGUCGAUGGUUUGUGUAAAGAAGGGAUGGUUUUAGAGGCUCGUGAUAUAGUUGAAACAAUGACGCAGCCGAAUGUGGUCACUUACAAUUCAUUAAUAGGUGGAUAUUGUCAGCAGAAUCAAUUAAGUGAGGCUAGAAAAGUAUUUGACAUUAUGGUAAGCAAGGGUUGCACUCCUAAUAUUGUGACUUACAACAUUUUGAUUAAACUGUACUGCAAGAACAAAACGAUGGAUGAUCCUGACUAUGACAAAGACCGAAAGAAGGGAGGUGGCGGAUUGAUAACUCCUGCCAAGGAGGGUCCAACUACUGGUGAGCAGAAGAAGAAAAAAACUGAUCAUGAAGAGACUUUGGUGCCAAAUGAAGAAAAGAAGGCGAUGAAGAAGCGAAAACAUGACUAUGAGAAGAAGAAUAGAAAAAAAAACUACAUUAGGCCAUUUAUUUGCAUACUGAUAAAAUGUUAUAAAUUGUAUUUUGCGAAAGGAAUCCAAAGGAUAUGUAUUUUGGGAAAGGAAUCCGAAGGAUAUGUUGACACAAUGAUUAUUCAAGCUAUUGGUUUGCUUGAUGAUCUUGAUAAGGAGCUUAACACAUAUGCAAUGAGAUUAAUGAAACAAUUUGACACCGUGCUUUCUUUGUGCAAACAAUUGGAAUUGGCUGAAGUUUCACUUGAUGUUUACACUAUUAGCAUAUUGAUAAAUUGCUUCUGUCGUUUGCGUCAUGUGAAUUUUGGAUUCUCUAUGUUGGGAAAAAUCUUCAAGCUUGGAUUUCGGCCUGACGAUGUUACUUUUAAUCCCUUGAUCAAUGGGCUUUGUUUAGAAAGUAAAAUUGCUCAAGCUGUGGAAUUGUUUGAUGAUUUAGAAGGCAAGGGAUAUCAGCUUAAUGUUUAUGCCUAUAGUAUUAUUGCCGCUGGCUUAUGUAAAAUUGGAAAAUCCAAUGUUGCCGUUGGUUUACUUCAAAGAAUGCGAGAAAAAGGGUGUCAGCCAGAUAUUGUAACCUAUAAUACACUCAUCAAUGGCCUUUGCAGGGAUGGUAAAUGUAAGGAAGCUUUAGCUUUAUAUAAUGAAAUGUUUGAUAGGAAAAUCAAUCCAAAUGUAGUCACUUUCAAUGUAUUAGUUGAUGGUCUUUGUAAAGAAGGGAUGGUUUUAGAAGCUCAUAAUAUAGUCAAAACAAUGGCACAGAGGGGGAUAGAACCGAAUGUGGUCACUUACGGUUCACUGAUUGAUGGAUAUUGUCAGCGGAACCGAUUCAAUGAGGCUAGAGAUGUAUUUGACACAAUGGUAAGCGAGGGUUGCACCCCUAGUGCUCUAACUUACACCUCUUUAAUUCGUUGUAUUGGCCCUUCUUCGGAUAUAGCAACUUACGGAAGUUUGAUAUAUGGCUUUUGUAGACAUGGGGAUUUCGAUGCCGCAUUGGCUCUAUUUCAUGAAAUGGAAAAGAGUAUAUGGAAACCUGAUAAUCCCUCUACCGAUUCUAUACUGGGACAAACAUCAAACCCCAUGGCUGGUAAUGGGGAAGAAUUUGUCCCAAAGAAGAGAAAGACUGAUGACGAAUCUCUUACUGAUGGUGUAGCAAAGGAGGCUCCAACUACCGAUUCUAUACUUGGACGUACAUCAAACCAAUGAUGAAAAGACUCUGAUGCCAAAUGGUGUAAAUGGAACUACAAAGCAGGAAAAUGAAGGGACAGCAAAGAAAAGAACAAAAAGAAGAAACGUAAAGCUGCGGAAAAUGCUGAGGCAGGAGAAAAGAAGGCGGCGAAGAAGCAAAAACACGACAAUGAAAUGAAGAAUAGAAAAAGUGAGGUUUAAGACAAUCUGGUUUGAGGUUUCAGGAACUAGGCAGUAGUCCAUACAGAUACAGCUCUACUGUAUAGUUUUCCUAUAUUUUUUGCUUAGUUGAUGUAUCUUUUUUUCUAAUUUCUUAUAGACAUAUUGCAGAAAAUUACAUUAGGCCAUUUGUUUGCUACUAGUGAUUUCUUUUUCAUUUUUCUUAA